UCACCGGCCUUCCCCCCUCAAGAUGGCGGCAGAAGCAGCUGGUGGGAAAUACAGAAGCACUGUCAGCAAAAGCAAAGACCCCUCGGGGCUGCUCAUCUCUGUGAUCAGGACUCUGUCUGCCAGUGAUGAUGUUGAAGACAGAGAAAAUGAGAAAGGUCGCCUUGAAGAAGCCUAUGAGAAAUGUGACCGUGACCUGGAUGAAUUGAUUGUGCAGCACUACACAGAACUGACAACAGCCAUCCGCACAUACCAGAGCAUCACAGAGCGCAUCACCAACUCCCGAAAUAAGAUAAAGCAGGUAAAAGAGAAUCUUCUCUCAUGCAAGAUGCUGUUGCAUUGCAAACGGGAUGAGCUUCGGAAACUGUGGAUUGAGGGAAUUGAACAUAAGCAUGUCCUGAACCUGCUGGAUGAAAUUGAGAAUAUCAAACAAGUGCCUCAAAAGCUGGAGCAGUGCAUGGCCAGCAAGCACUAUCUCAGUGCCACAGACAUGCUGGUGUCAGCGGUCGAGUCUUUGGAGGGACCCCUGCUCCAGGUGGAAGGACUCAGUGACCUCAGGCUGGAGCUUCACAGCAAGAAGAUGAACCUACACCUGGUUCUCAUCGACGAGCUGCACCGGCACCUGUACAUCAAGUCCACCGGUCGAGUUGUGCAGCGUAACAAGGAAAAAGGGAGAUGGAGCUCCCUCGUGAAAGAUGCUUCUCCUGGACCUCUGAUUGACGUCACAAACCUUCCAACUCCCCGGAAAUUCCUUGAUACUUCGCAGUAUUCCACUCCUGGAAGCUCAGGUGUGAGGGAGAUAAACCUGCAGGAGAUCAAGGAGGAUUUGGAGUUGGAUCCAGAGGAGAACAGUACCCUCUUCAUGGGCAUCCUUAUCAAGGGGCUGGCCAAACUGAAGAAGAUCCCAGAGACAGUGAAGGCGAUAAAAGAGCGCUUGGAGCAGGAGCUGAAGCAGAUUGUGAAGAGGUCCACAACCCAGGUGGCCGACAGUGGCUACCAGAGAGGAGAGAACCUCACUGGGGAGAACCAGCCAAGGUUACUUCUAGAACUGCUGGAGUUACUGUUUGACAAGUUCAAUGCCGUAGCCGCUGCACACUCUGUGGUCCUCGGGUAUCUGCAGCAGACUGUUGGGACUUCCCUGACUCAGCAGGAAGAGAUCAAAUUGUAUGACAUGGCAGACGUGUGGGUGAAGAUCCAGGAUGUCCUGCAGAUGCUAUUGACUGAGUACUUGGACAUGAAAAAUACUCGUACGGCCUCUGAACCAUCAGCUCCACUAAGUUAUGCCAGCACUGGACGCGAGUUUGCGGCUUUUUUUGCCAAGAAGAAACCUCAAAGGCCAAAAAAUUCUCUUUUUAAAUUUGAGUCAUCCUCCCAUGCCAUCAGUAUGAGUGCCUAUUUGCGAGAACAGAGAAGGGAGCUCUACAGUCGGAGUGGAGAACUUCAGGGGUUGGCUUAAUGAGGAGUUUACAUUUGCCUCCAUAAUUUCCCUCCGCCUGGCUUCGAGUAUAUGAAAUUCCUUUGAUGGAGACAAAGCCUUUCAUUUGACAUUUGAUGAAAAGGUAGACUGUGUAAUUAUUGGAACAGCAGUACCACCUGGCACUCACUCAAAUGCAAGAAUAAUUUGUUAGCAAGGGUAAAUGACUGAUACUAGAUCCUUUCUAGUAAGAGUCAGUAAGAGUAGGGAGCACUCUGCUGUAGCCAUGCAGGACAAUUUUCAGUUCCCCAUGAGCUCUUGAGACAUAGGAUAGUGUAGCAAUGAAGAGUAAGGUCUAAAGCAUACAGAUCACCAUUAAGAGGUGGGCAGGGCAAUGAACCACUGAAGCUGGAGGAUUCCCUGAAACUGUGGCCCUGAGUUGAUCUUCAAACCUUGAACUGAAACCCUCCCCUAAAGUUGCCUUUAAACUAAGUUAUAGUUUAGCCCAAAGAGUAAAGGUUGUCACCCUUGAGUAUUGUGUUUCUUUAAAAAAAAAAAAAAAGAUCUAGGACCAAAGGAUCAACAGCUAUUUUUAAGCAUAGAAGAGAAGGCUGGGGGGCAGGGAGAUUAAGUAAACAGAAAUGAAACAACUAGAACAAAAAUAACUAGAAUUGACAAAAAUGACACAAAGUGAAGACUGUAACCAGUGUCCCUGAUCGUUAUGUCUAGAAACUGUGGAUUGGAAACAGGGUUUGCUGUGUAUAUUUUCACCAAAGGUUAAAUUAAAAAAAAAAGAGAGAGGUAGGCAGGUCCCCAAAAGGAGACGCUAGGGCCACUGACAACCAUCAUCAGCUCCACGGCUCUCCAUUAGAUGUCACGUUUUGGGAGAAGUAGAGGCUAUGCGUAGGUAUAUUUUUGUUCUCUGUAGCUUUACUAAGUGGGAAUGUUGCCUUGAUUUUUGUGGCCUAGGACAACACUGCUGUAUGUAAUUGAAAAUGUUUUAAGAUCCAACUAAGUUAAAAAGGAAUUUUAUUUUCUGAGGAUGGGUAAUUGAGAAAUCACUGUAACUUAACUAGGAACUUUCCCAUCCUUCAGAAAGUUAAUUGAAAUAUGGAACUUUCAAGCAGUAUUCUAUUGUACUUACCCAUGUUCACGAAACUAGGAGGAUUGUAUCAGAUUACCAGGGGAAGAAAUAGUUAGCAAACACAUCAUGUUCAUGAUUAUCCUUAAAUAAUAAUGUAGCUGACCUGACACAUCACAUGCUUGGUGAGAGACUAGAUCAGCUGACCAGCUUUUGUAAAAGUUUCAUGGUGCUUCAUUUGGGAGCAAAAUUUUUUUUCUGAAGAAUUCUUUUAACAUUUCAGCAGGAAAAGGGGGAAAUCACACCUAUUCUCUACUAUAAAUGACUGUCCUUUUUCAGUUAUUCUAUUAAUCUGUCUGGUCCAAGGACCACCGUGAGAUCUGCAUGCAUGUCAGCUUUGUGCUUGAAAAAGCCUAAUUGAAUAGUUCAGUCAAAUCAUAAGAGACUGGUGGAAGAUUUUUGUCUCUUCUGUUAAUGCCACAUAGAUGCAGGCUUUGCUUCCCAGUGGUUUGGUUCAUAGGGUCAACUUUUCCUUCUGUUGUGGGGAAGCGGCAAAGAAAUUCACCUAAAAGACCAUCAAAGUAAUAUUAAAAAGCUCAAAUUUUACAAAAGUUAACUUCCUGCCAACGUUUUCAAUUUGUCAUGCAAUUAAAAAUGUUACCGAGCCUAACAACACAAGGGAGAAAAACAUUUAAAAAUGAGACUUCUUUGGUAUCAUCAACCCAUCUCAAUUGGCUCUCACUGUUACGGUACAGAUGGUUCGUUAUAUAGUCUGCUGUUGGCAAUUGAGCUGAGGAGGUGGGGGUGCCAUUUCAAAGCGUAUGAGAUAACAGGUGGAGAUCUAACUUGUGUAUGUGUCUACGUUAAUCAUAGACUUCCUGUUGUUCAGAGUCUCUCUGCUGCUUCAUUGUAUUGCUUAGACAGCAGAGUUGUAGGACAAGAAAGAGAACUAGUUUUAAUGAACGCUAACCUGAACUCUAGCAUCUCAGGUUUACUAUACAAUUCUUCAGAAGAACAAGAUAAUUGAUGGACCCAUUAUCUCACAAGGGUUAAAAAAAAUUAAAAACACUGCCACUCAUGACCAAAAUAAGCUAUUAAGUUAAUCAGUCUCACUAUGCCUCAGUUUUCUCAUGGGAAAAAUAGAGCUGUUAUCAGUCCUGACUACCAUAGUGGGAUAUUGUGAGUACAAAGUUAGAUGUUAAAUGUGGCAGUCUGCUUCUGUAAAGAUUUACACCUUGGAAACCCUAUGGGGCAGUUCUGCUCUGUCCUAUAGGGUUGCAGUGGGUUUGGGUUGCCUUUUUUAUAAUUGGUUUAAACUAAAAUGGUGCUUUAAAAAGUUGAUGCUUGUGGAAUUAGGAGUACUACCUCCUCAUCCUUACCUCUCAUUUUCUCCUCUAGUCACUCCAACCUCAGUGUUGCACUGAAUUGGCUCUUACAAAGGUUACCAGUGACUCCCAUAUUGCCAGAUACAGCAUUCACUUUUCUGCAUUCAUCUCACUUCAUCUUCUCUCCUCUUCUUGCUCCUUCUGAGUCUUCUGAAGCACCUGUUGGAUUGUCUCAGCGCCUGGUCCUGGGAUUUCUACUGUGCUCACUCUGUAGGCUCUUCCCCGAUCAGCUCAGGCAAGACCAAGCUUUUCUCAGUGCCCCUGUGCAAGUGCCUUCUGUAUCUGCAUCUCCUGCUGAUUCUUGUGAUUGUUCCCUGACCUCUUCCAGCGUCCACCCCCCACCCCCAGUCCUGAAAUUUUUUAUCACAGCAUAUUUUUUAUUUUCUUCAUUCUGCUUUUCACAAUAUGCACAUCUCUGGUUUAUUUAUUAACUUGUUUAUUUUCUGCACUUUCCUUGGCCUUAUUCAUUGGUCUGUUCCAGUGCCUAGGAUAAUGUGGGGCUUGAAUUAGGCACUGGAAAAAACAUGUAUCGUAAAGGAGAAUUCUGUCUUCAAUAUCUUCUUAUUUGUAGGAACAAACCUACUUAUUUGAGAAGCCCUUGUGGGAGCUUUAAUGAACAGAGUAGGAGUCCUUGUGAUUUGUUUUCUCUCAUUUUUAAGGAUAAUAAAACUCAAGAAUGAGUAAGUUAAUUACAUUAAUUCUCAUUGAUCCAAGUAGAAACGUAUACUCAAUUUUGAUUACAGUUUCUUUUCUGUCAUGGGGCUACUUAGUACUUCUGUUUGUACUCAAUAAUAUUACCUUUAGAGUGCCAUUUUUGUUCCCAUUAGUUUAAUGAAUGGCAUUUCUAUAGCCUUGACAUUAAAAUCUCCUGUAAAGCUCUAACCACUUGAGAAUUGACUUCUCUAAGACGAUUUGCUUUGCACAGUAAAUAUGGAAGUACUGGCAUCAGGGAAAACUGGGUUCUUACUACUGACCUGACCUGAAUUUUCUGAGUUUUUCUCUCUCUAAUGGUUGUUGGUGACUGGGGUUAUGAAUACUUAAUGAUAGCGUAUGUAAUUAAUCUGUUUGGAGAUGCCUUGCCUUAAGAUAAGGCAGUAUUUGAAAUAGAUUAACCAUGAGUUGAUUAUCCUUUUUACAAAAGGAUUUGUAAUAAGAAUCUCUUAAAUAGCAAGCUAUUCUGUAACGGAGCAUUUAAAGCAGAAUCUGGUUGAUGUGCACAUUUUAGGGACAUUUUGGCUGAAGGGAGGUACAUUGUGUAGAAUAGCAAUUUUGCACUCAUACCACACGUUUGUUCUACAACUUGAAAUAGAAGAAGUACUUGUAAAGGUUUAUAUCUGGAAAUUUGAUGAGAACAUUUUUUGUAGCCUUGUAAAUGUUGUUUAAUAACUUUUUUCAUAACUUCGUUACAAUAUGCAGGGAACAUAAAAAAAGUACAUAUUUUUCUAAAAAUUACAUAUAAUUAUUUCAAAAUAACCUUAACCUUUCCUAGUUGUCUCUUAUGUUUUAGGUUGUAAAAUAGUGUAUAAAAAUUGAUUUCUUUUGUAUAUUCCUUUUUUUAAAACAAUGAUCUUAACUUAUAUGUAGGAUUUGUUUUAUAAUGAAAUUACAAUAGACGUUUUAUAAAUGCUAGUUUUUUAAUCUGUCCCUAAGAAGUAGUAAGUAAUAAGUAUACUUACCUCACUGUCACACAGACAAUGCAUUUAUUUCAAAUCAUAUAGGAAAUAAAAAUAUUCUUAUGCCAAGAUUGUUAUCAAGUGUACUAUCUCUUAGCCUUAAUGUAUGUGAUGUAGAAAUUUAUUUUAUUUAAAAAUGUUCUCCAUUUGGGGAUCUAUUUUUAUGAACUGGGUUUAAUUUCGGAAUAACUAAUUUCUACAAAUCGUAUCUACACAGUGGACAGACCACUGGUAGCCGAACCAGUGGACUGGAAAAGAGCUUGGAGAUCACAGAAGAUGAAGCUUGAGGGCAUAAACUAACAACCGCAAAGCCCAUUUGUUACAGCCUGCAAAUCUCAUUCUUGAGAAAAAAAAAGAUCCUUGGUCAUUACUCAGAACCCGUUGGUGGCAUAUAACCUUGUUUUUUAAAAACUGCGUUCUAUUAAUUUAUUCGUUCUUCCAUAUAGAUAAGGAAAAAAAAAAAAUGGAUUUGAAUUUUAAAACUGAACCAAAAAAUACUUCUGGUUACAUGACACUUUUCAGCUUGUUAAAAAUUCAUAAGCCCUAUACUUAAUAUUUGCAA